CGUCAGUAUAAAAGGAGCGCAUCUUCUUGCAAACUUUCUGUCGUUGUCCCAACACAGUUCUAGAAAUGAAGCUGAUUGUUGCUGUUGUGCUGUCCCUCGUCUAUCUCAUUUCCGCUCAUUCGGUGGAAUUACCUAACCUGUCUGGUAAUCACCUUCAAAUGGUGGAACAGGAAUCAUUAAAUCAUCUCCUCAAACUUGUUUUAGCUUUGAAAACUACCGACCAUAUUCCUAUAAAUAUUGGUGAACUAACACAUGCCCAACUGAGUAACUGCGUUUCGACUGAACAACGUCACUUAGUCAAAUUGUGUAUUUUGAAAGCAAGUUGCAUCCACAAAACUGGAGAUCCAGCGGUUUGUGGACUAAUGAACCCGGCAGCAGCACCAGUUAAUGAUGAAGCAAAUAUUUCUCCAGAAAAGAUACACGAAAUCGCUGAAUUAUUAUUCCCUAUGACGAUUGGAUGUGUUGUGGAAGGAAUAAGUCAGAUGGGAAUGGAUGGAUUUACCAACAUAACAUUUUUGAAAAAUGGGAUCAUUGAAAGGUCGACUAUGACCGGGCCUCAGAAAAUGAGUGCUUCCGCUGCAUUAGAAUCCUGCAUGGAGUCCGACUUGACGAUUCCGCAAAUUAAUGGAGUGGACGAACUCUCUAAAAUCCCAGAAAAAGCCAAUAAAAAUAACGUUGCCAUUGCAUUGAAAGCUAUGAUCUGCUCUGGCAAGUCUAUGAUGCAAAAUGGCUGCUAUGAAUCAACAGUUCCGUUCAAUUAAAGUGGCCGAAUAAUCCCAACUGACUUCUGGAAAUUGUUUGUUUGCGAUACAUUGCAUAACAUUUUUGUUCUCUGUUCCUUUUUCCGUAUGCGCUAUAAAAACAAAUAAAUUCGACACUGA